GCUGGUGCCCAGGCAGUGCUCAGCCCCAUCACCACGCACCUCAAGCAGGCAGCACAGCCAAGCAUGGCCCAGCCUCUGGCUCCAGCACAGGAAAAUACCCAAACCUAGAGCAGGACAAGUAGGCAGCAAACAGGACCUUCCCUAAAUGAGGGAGCCCCAUCACUGCAGGAGGAUCCCUCUUUUGGAGCCUCGGUGCCUUGAGGACCACGCUGGAGGCACCACCCAGCACAGCAGAUCCCAGCUGAUGACUGCCCAGCCCUGAUGAGUUUGAUGUGAUGGUGACAGCAGCAAGCAGCAGCCAGUCGUGGCCUCAGGAGGUGGCUGGGGGCACGCGCUGACCCCACAGGUGCAGCAUAGGAUGGGGAGCCUGCCCAGCCGGGAGAAGCCGCUCAGCAUCCCAAUGGCAGCUGCCGUCCCCACACCAUCACCGCUGCCUACACAGGCAGCCCCGAACAGCUUCCUGGCACUGUCUCUGUGUGACUUCCCCUCUGGCACAGAUGUGCCCACUGUCCUGAGGAUGGGAGAGCAGCUCCGCGUCCUUGCCGAGGAUGGGGAGUGGUGGUUGGUGGCAUCCAAGGUUUCUGGCAAAGAGUGCCUCAUCCCCAGCAGCUGCGUGGCCAAGGUGUGGCACAGGUGGCUGUACGAGGGCAUCAGCCGGGAGAAGGCAGAGGAGUUGCUGCUCUGUCCUGGCAACCACAGUGGGUCCUUCCUGAUCCGGCAGAGCCAGACCAGGAGAGGCUGCUACUCUCUGUCGGUGAGGCGCACUGAGCUCACCUCAUGGGACUCGGUCACACACUACCGCAUCCACCGCCUGGAGAAUGGCUGGCUCUACAUCUCUCCGCGGCUCACCUUCUCCAACCUGCAUGACCUCGUGGACCACUACACAGAGUGUGGGGAGGGUCUGUGCUGUGCCCUCAGGCAGCCCUGCUCCACGGAGAGUGUGAGGGCAGUUCCAGCUCUGGCCCAGCCCACCGUGGUGAAGAAGCCGUCACUCAAUUGGGACAAGAUUGACAGUUCUGUCCUGUUGUCAGAGGCUGUGCCACCACCGGAGGAAGAGGAGGAUGACUCCCCCAUCAGCCUGGGCCUUCGGGAAGCCAUCAGCUCCUACCUCCUCCUGACAGAUGAGGAGGUACCAGAGAUGGGAACUUCAGGGAAAGGGGUGAAGAAUAGCUGAGGGCAGGACCCCCCUCAGCUGCAGCCCCAGAAUGGGCACCCAGGCCUGGUCGCAGCCUUCACCUGCCUCAGAUGCUCUCAUUCACCACAGCUGGGUGCCCAGGGACUGCGCUCCUGGGGAGCGAGGACCCUCCAGCGCUGAUGCCCAGGCACCUCAAGACAUGGCAAGGCCUUCAUCCCAGCCCCAGGUUUCCUCUCUGUGGUCUGCUGAGCCCCCAGGCAUCACCCCAGGCCUCUGCCUUCUGCUCCCAUGGGACGCUUCCCCGACUGCUCCACGGAGAUGGGCCUGCACCUGGCCUGGCCACAGCUGUGCUCACUGACAGCAACACAACUCAGGCAGGGGCACAAACCAACCUAAUCAGGCCCCUCACUUCAUGUACAGAUUAUUGUUUUUUGAGUGAUAGUGUCAUCUGUGCAGCACAGGGCCUGGGAGCACGCCCCCUCUUUUUAUCACUUCCUUCAGCCUGAUGAGGAACAGACCCUGCCCCAGAGCAGAAGCAGCCAGGAGGAAACCACCCCACUUUCAUCACAAGAAGCUGCUUUUUAAACCUUUAAACUGUCCAUUAACCAGGAUCCUGCUGGCCAAACAGCAAUAACUUUCCAAUAUCUUAAUGAAAGAGCACCUCAUUAACAGGUGAAGGGUGGUGACUAAAUCAUGAGCUGACAGCUGUAGCAGCAGUGCCAGUUUCCAUCCACUACAUCUGUGGGGGCUUUGCCUGUGCUGUUGCCCUGGCCCAGAUGGUUCCUGCAACACUGCUCAGGAUACAUUAAUCAGGCCUAGAGGUUUAAAAAUGUUUAUUUUAACUGAUGUUCUGGGAGGUAGGGGGAGAUAUUGAUCCAACAAAAAGACUAGAUGAGAGAAGAGAAUGCAAACAUUGUUGUCAAAUGCUGAUCACCCUUUCAGCCAACUGAAGCAGGCUGUGACCUCAUUAAAAGCAGUAAAAACGCAUCAAAACAGAAA